AUGGCGCCGACGGCGAUGGAGGACGUCGAGUUCCCGGCGGACGACGCCGGCGGCGCCGCGACGACGGCCGCGCCGCCGCCGCCGCCGCCGCCGCUGCACGACGCCGCGGCGGUGGAGUCCCUGCCGUCGAUCGCGCGGUGGAGCGACUCGCGCGGCGGUGUCUCCGCGGACCCUCGCGCGGGAUGGGUCCCGAUGGCGUUUCGGCCGCUGACGCGCGCGUUUCACUCCGUCGUCCCCGGCGCCGACGCCGUCGACGCCGUCGCGCGUCUGAACCUCCCGAUUCUCGACGCCGCGUGCGGGAACGGGUACUGGACCGCGACGUUGCGCGCGAGAGGCGUCGAGGUGAUAGCAGCGGUGGAUCCGUCGAGCGUGAGCGCGUCGGCGGCGGCGGCGGCGUUCGUGGACGACGUGACGUGGGCCGGGGGGGACGCCGGCGUGGUGGCGCGGCUGGCGGCGACGCGCGCGAACGCGGCGCUGUUGAUCACGCCGUCGUCGCGUCUCGACGACGACGAGGAGGUGGAGGAGGAGGUGGACGACGACGACGCGGCGCCGUGGGACGACCGGUGCCUUCGCGCGUGGCGCGGAGACGUCCUCGUGCACGUCGGGGAGUGGGCGGCGACGAGCGUGCACGACGACGACGACGACGACGACGACGAGGGAGGGAACGACGCCGACGCGGACGACUUAGAAAACGUAAUCGGCGCGGGCGCGACGUCCGAGUCGUGGCCGCGAGGGACGCGGAGCGUCUCGCGGCCGCACGGCGUCACGACGUCGGCGGCGUUUCAGGCGCGCGUCGCGAGGGACUUCGAGCGCGUCGCCGUCGUCGCCGUGCCGUGCUGGCCGGGGCGGCGUGACGACCUCACGAUAUGGAAGCGGCGGUGA